AUGAAUGGUUGGCAAUUUCAAUGUACUACAACAACUUGCUUACCUUACACAACCAUCACUGUAUCCAAUAUUGUGCAGUGUCAAAAGAAUUGUUUAGGGCAAACACAAUGUAAAGCUAUUAAUUAUCAUCAAUCAACUUCUAGUUGUCAAUUAUUUGAUUCUAUGAUAGAUCAAAACAAUAAUUUGGAAGUAAUUGCAGAUACUAUUACUAUGAUAGUCAUUUCUGGAACACGAAUACCACCUGAUCCAACUACAACAACAUCGACAACUUCAUCUUCAUCAACUUCAACAUCCUCGUCAAGUUCAUCCUCAACCUCGACUACAACAACUUCGUCAUCAUCAACAUCAAGUUCAUCAUCGUCUACCUCAACCUCAACUUCGUCAACAACAACAUCAACAACUUCGUCAUCGUCAACUUCAACUUCAACUACAUCAAGAACAACAUCAACUUCGUCAUCAACAUCAUCGUCAACUUCAUCGACAACUUCAACGUCGACCUGUACAACCUCAGUAACAGUUAUCACAUCAGCAAUGGUUCAAUCAAUCAAUAUUAAAGGAUUUAAUCCACUAAUCGUCGAAGUACUCCAGACAAAUGGAAGUUGGUUUCAAGGCGUAGUAUAUGAUGAUUAUUUUGACAUGAAUGCUGCUCUAAUCGCUUGUCGAUCAUACUAUGGUUCUGUAUCUUCAGCCGCUUAUUCUACUAUUUCGUGGACACCGACUAAUUCUUGUAACUAUGGAUAUAGUGGUAGUUCCUUUGUUGAACAAUGUCGCUUUAUAUUAGAUCAUGUUUACGUCCAUGAUGAGUCUAACAACGAAGAUGGUGGUACGAUUGAAGAGGAUUCAGGUGAUGCAUCUGAUGAUGGUACCGUUGAAACUGGAAGUAUCAGUGAUGAUAAGCCACCUAGACGUCGAGCAAAACGUCAACGACGGGUUAAACCAUGA